GAUCUUUCUCUCCCUGGGCCAUCAUCAUCUCAUCAGAUCUCACACGAGUCACAUAAAAUCCAUCCUGCUGGGUGCAUAUCUUCGAACCACCGCCUCCUUCCAGCUUUAACACGGAGCGCGCAGAACAGCGACCUCACUCGGCGGCGCUGCGAAGCUGCAGACAGCUGUUCCUGAACCAGCGUCAUAUGAUGCUCGCACAUAGUGUGCCGUGGAGGAUAGUGAACUCAGCUGAUCUGGACUCAGGACGGCGGUUCAGUUUCUCACUGGGCCAAUGAUAAAGGCACGUCACCGUCUAUUACCUUAUGAGAUGAUGUUUUCCUUUUUCAGAUGAUGUUACCAAGGCUCAGGCCAGUAGAUCAAAAUGAGGACGGCGCAUCAUUACACAAUACUAUAAAUGGCUUGCUGUUUUUACAUGUAUUUAUUUAUCUAACUUGUUUAUUUGUUAUAAAAUUAAUGCUCAGUUUUGCAUUCUAAAAAUACAUUUAUGCAUCAAUUUUGACAACCUCGGGAUGUUUUGCCUUUGUUUUUAUUGCCCUUGGGGCAUUAUUUCAACUUAUUUACACAUACUAUUUUUUUACUUUUUACCUACUACUACUACAUUUACAACUUGAGUGGACGUCUGAAUAGGUGACAGUGUAUAUGGUGCACUAGUGUAACUGUGCCAUCAAAACCCAUGCAUAUGCUGGAAAUGGAUUGCAUGGAUUCACUCCCAAACAUAUACAAAUAAAAAAUAAAUGCACUGUAAGUCCGUUUGGGUAAAACCAUAAAUGUUAUUUACAAAAGAGCUAUUUGUAAGCUAUUAAUAACAAUGCUUUUGACUGAAGCAAUCCAAUCUCAACUAAUUAUUUGUCUGGUGUGGCUUAAUUGAAUUAAAUUGCUCUCUCUCUCUCUCUGUGAGGUUAUAUGGCAGCAGAUCUGUUAAUGUGGCGAGCUGGUGAAGUUUGUUUACCUCCAUCACUAAGCGACAGAACAGAAGAACUGAAUUAAGUGGAACACACGUUAAUUUAACAGUAAACAGACUUUAAAAUGGCCCUGGCAAGUGGACACUGGAUUGACAAGGAAAUUGCAGGAGUACCUCCAAGCCCGAGAUACGGUCAUGCGAUUAUUGUAGUGGGAAAUAUUGCCUUCUUGUUUGGAGGAGCGUCAAACGUAAGCACAGAGGAAUAUUUCCCACUGUAUCUUAAUGACUUCUACAUGAUCACAGUUUCAGCAAAUCGUGUGACAUGGGAGCAGAUGCCUCAGAAAGGAGACGUUCCCACGGCGAGAGCAGGACACUCACUGUGUGUAGUUAAAGGAAAACUCUACUUGUUUGGAGGUUCUUCCCAUCCCGAAGCUAAAGAAUGUCUGGCAGGUGUCUACUGCUUUGACAUUGUGACUAUGACGUGGGAAAAGCUGCCCACUGCUGGCGUGUCUCUGCGGACACUGAAACACAGUUCAGCAGCUCUAGGAGAGAAUAUCUAUGUGUAUGGAGGCAUUCAGGAUGGAGUCCCUACAGAUGAUCUGAUGAUGUUUAACACAAUGUCAUUGCAUUGGAUGCCCAUCAAAACCACUGGCGCUCUGCCUUCAGAAAGAUAUAACCACUCACUUGCUGUAGUGGGUGAGCAGAUAUUCUUGUUUGGUGGUUGCUCAGAGGACGGCUCGCCCAUCAAAGACAUAUAUGCCCUGAAUACAGAGAGCCUGGUCUGGGAACAGAGUAAAGUGAAGGGAGACUCUCCUGUGGUUUGUGCUGGUCAAACUUUCACAUCACAUCAUGACAAGGAUAUUUACUUAUUUGGAGGAACAGUCAGUAAUCCAGAUGGAGCAGAAUCAUCAGCCAAUGAAAUUUACAAAUUAAGCAUCGCAAAGAUGAAAUGGAAGGUACCGCUGUAUGUGGGCAUCCCUCCAGUCAGACGGCACGGACACACAGCGUUCAUUGUCCAUAGCCACCUUUAUGUGUUUGGAGGCAGAAAUGAAGAGCAAGAAUUCAAUGAUUUGAAGAUAAUGAAGUUAAUUAAUCCUUCGGAAAGACAGCCAGUGAUGAAAGAGAUUCUGUCUGAGUUUGGACUGCAGGGCCUCAGUAACAGUUUCACUCCGACUAAGAUUCCCAAUGUGAAGUACGAGCUCAGUCAGUCUCCAGUGACCGUUAAAAACUACACAAAUGAACACAUUCAGGUGACGGCUCAUAGAGAUUUCACAGCAGUGCGUGAUGAGGCCAUGAGCAUGAUCCACAAAGCUUUUGCCAUGUUAGAUGAGGAAUUCCAAAAACUAGACCGAGAGAAGGCUGCACUCGCACGGGACACAGAAGUUUUACGGAAUGAGAGGGACUCGCACAAUGAGCAUCUCCUAAAACAGAAACAGGAACUUCAGGACGUGUUGGAGAAACACAAAGCUCAGAACGAGGCCUGGCUCCGCGCGCGAGCAGACGAGAAUGACAAGGAGAGGAAGGAGUUGUGUAAACUGAGGGAGGAGGUGCUUCACGAGCAGGAGAGACUGAAAGAGGAGCAGUGCAACAUCCAAAAACGCAGCGAGCAGCUCCUGUCCAUUAUGCAGCAGUUCAAAGGCAUGUGAAGACACUGUCUCCAUGGCAACCACAGAGGGAGACGGCAGAGUUUUGUUUGGGAAACGGCGAGAUUAUUGAUGCCACUCCCUUUUACUGUGAUUUUUGGGUUUUAUCGUCUGUCUGGAGGUUUGAUGAUUCUGUCGUGGGUGUUAAUGGAUGUCAUGAGAUAUAAAGACGACCGGAUUACCAGAGCUAACAAAGAACAGCAUCACUUUAUGACCGGUUCAAAAGGAAAGGAUGCUUUAUAACAGGUUCUUUCUGAAACAUAAUGAAUGAAAUAUGUUUUACGCCAGUUGUUUAUGUAGGCUACAGUACAAAAUUGUGAAGCCUCUGGGUCAGUGAAAAUGAUUGUACUGUCAUGACCGCAUAUCACGACUUUAUCUGUCCUUUACACUAACAAAUAAAACAUUU